AACAAAAAAAGAGUUGUAAGAAAUGACGUCGUUUUAGCAUGGGAGAACAGUUUAAGGAAAAGAAUUUAAGCUGAAGCGUUACCGUUUCAUCCUAGGUUAAGCCAUGUUUCCCUUUCUCCCCCCUCCUCUGGCAUUCUUCUCUCCUACUUCAAGUGAUGGCCAUGGCAAUGAAGCGGCAAAGUGCUGUAAUGGCCAUUUCUUCUUCAGCUUCAACCCUUUUAGGGUUUCAUUCUCAGCGAAGCCAAACUGAAAAGGGUAUGAUUUGCUGUCUUCAUACUUCCACUAUUAGUCGUAGUCGUAGUGGUAGUGGUAGGCAAAAGUACCAAAAGGGAUGUUCUCUUACAAACAUUGAAGAUGCCUUGUUUUCUUUCAACCACAUGAUUCAUAAGCAUCCCCUGCCUUGUAUUGUUGAAUUUGAUAAGUUAUUAUCAGCUCUUGUUAGAAUCAAACAUUAUGGGACUGUGCUUUCUUUGUCCAAACGAAUUGAAUUGCUGCGGAUUGAACGUGAUGUCUUUCAUUUUAACAUUUUGAUCAAUUGCUUCUCUCGCUUGCAACGUGUCGAUUUUGCGUUCUCUGUCUUGGGAAAAAUCAUUAAGCUUGGUUUUGAACCUGAUGCUGUGACUUUUUCUAGUUUAAUUAAUGGGCUUUGUUUUGAGGAUAAAUUUGCUCGUGCUAUGGAAUUCUUUGAUGAGAUGGUGGCGAGCGGAUAUCAACCCAAUCUACAUACUUAUAAUACGAUUAUAAAAGGUUUUUGCAAGAUUGGGAAAACCACUGUCGCUGUUGGAUUGCUCAAGAAAAUGGACAAGGCAGGUGGCCGGCCGGAUAUUGUAAUCUACAAUACAAUUAUUGAUGGCCUUUGCAAGGAUAGACUAGUCAGUGAAGCUUUAGAUAUCUUCUCUGAGAUAAAGGGUAAAGGUGUUCGGCCUGAUGUUUUCACUUAUAGUAUCUUAAUGCAUGGUCUAUGCAAUUCAGACCAGAAGGAAGAGGCUUCAGCAUUGUUCAAUGAAAUGAUGAGUCUGAACAUCAUGCCAGAUGUAGUUACCUUCAAUAUUUUGGUUGAUAAACUUUGUAAAGAAGGCAUGCUUUCAGAGGCUCAAGGAAUAAUCAAAAUAAUGAUUGAAAAGGGUGUGGAGCCUAAUUAUGCGACUUAUAAUUCGUUGAUGAAUGGCUAUUGUUUGCAAAACAAAGUUUUUGAAGCUAGAAUGGUAUUCGAUGCAAUGAUAACCAAGGGCUGCAUGCCUAAUGUUGUUAGUUACAACAUCUUAAUCAAUGGAUAUUGUAAGGCCCAGAGGAUAGAUGAGGCAAGAGAACUUUUCGAUGAAAUGAGUUUUCGAGGCUUAAUUCCUAACACUUUUAAUUACAACACUCUUAUUAGUGGCUUGUGCCAAGCAGGGAGACAUUGUGAAGCAAGAGAGCUUUUCAAGGAUAUGCAAGCCCAGGGCUGCUCCCCAGAUUUAGUAACUUGCACAAUUUUGCUCGACAGCUUAUGCAAACUAGGGUAUCUUGAUAAUGCAUUGAGAUUGUUUAGAGCAAUGCAAGAUAGUUGCUUGAAACCUAAUUUGGUAACCUAUGAUAUCCUGAUUCGCGCCAUGUACAAAUCUGGGAAUCUUAAAACUGCAAGGGAACUGUUUAUGGAAUGCACAUUCAAUGGAUUGCAACCUAAUGCUAGGGUAUCUACUGCAAUAAUAAAUGGACUUUGCAGAGAAGAUUUGAUAGAUGAAGCGUACAAAGCUUUCAGAAAAAUGGAAGAGGAUGGCUGUCCACCAGAUGUUUGCUCAUACAAUGUUAUUGUCUGAGGAUUUCUCCAGAACAACGAGAAGAUUUGAUAGAUGAAGCAUGCAAAGCUUUCAGAAAAAUGGAAGAGGAUGGCUGUCCUCCAGAUGCUUGCUCAUACAAUGUUAUUGUCUGAGGAUUUCUCCAGAACAACAAGAAGAUUUGAUAGAUGAAGCAUGCAAAGCUUUCAGAAAAAUGGAAGAGGAUGGCUGUCCUCCAGAUGUUUGCUCAUACAAUGUUACUGUCUGAGGAUUUCUCCAGAACAACGAGAAGAUUUGAUAGAUGAAGCAUGCAAAGCUUUCAGAAAAAUGGAAGAGGAUGGCUGUCCUCCAGAUGCUUGCUCAUACAAUGUUGUUGUCUGAGGAUUUCUCCAGAACAACGAGAAGAUUUGAUAGAUGAAGCAUGCAUAGCUUUCAGAAAAAUGGAAGAGGAUGGCUGUCCUCCAGAUGCUUGCUCAUACAAUGUUAUUGCCUGAGGAUUUCUCCAGAACAACGAGAAGAUUUGAUAGAUGAAGCAUGCAAAGCUUUCAGAAAAAUGGAAGAGGAUGGCUGUCCUCCAGAUGUUUGCUCAUACAAUGUUGUUGUCUGAGGAUUUCUCCAGAACAACGAGAAGAUUUGAUAGAUGAAGCAUGCAUAGCUUUCAGAAAAAUGGAAGAGGAUGGCUGUCCUCCAGAUGUUUGCUCAUACAAUGUUAUUGUAUGAGGAUUUCUCCAGAACAACAAUGCAUCAAGGGCAGAACAGCGAUGCAUCAACGGCAGAACAACUUAUUUUGUUUAUGCUCAUUUCAGAGUUGAGGAAUGAAAGCUGGUUAAUUCUUCUCUAGAUGAUUAAACGAAUUUGGAUUUUCAUAAUAAGUAACUUUGAAGAUGCUCUUGGCUGCAAUGUGCGUGGAUGCUACCUUUCUUUUGCAAAUGAAAACAAAUAAAUAUGCAGAGCACUUCCACUGAGUUUUAUUUCAUUUAUAUAUUUAUUUAUUGUUUUCAAAUAGCUUCUUCUGUUUGCGGAAUACGAUUAUAUGUCGUUUUGUUUGUUGAAUACAUGUACGGUAUGUUCUCAAGAAAAAAAACUUUGUAUCUUGAAGUUUUAUACUGUACAGUGGGAAUUAAACUUCUUGUGACUG